CUUGAUCGAUCACCAACUCCGGGUCGCUUCUCGUGAUUCAAAGAAUCUCCUGAAUCCAUCACCAGUGUUCGUAUGAGAAUCUGCAACGCUUUCGUCCUCGACGUCAGUCGGUCGGUCAGGCAGGGGAGGGGAGGGGGGCGAGCAGAAUCGGACGAUUGGCACGAUCUGACAGUCGUCGGAUCGGCGCAAAGGAAGAAGUCGGGCCGCCGUCUUGUGGAGGAGUGUGUUUCCCACAUCUCUCGACGACUACGACGAUGGGGGAAGGGGGUGAUGGGCAAAUCCGGGAAUUUAUUACCUCGUCGGUCCGGUGCAUGUGCCAAGGGAGGGACGGCGAUGGGAAAGAUGGGGAAAGGUUCUUGCAUAUCGUACAUCGCGUUCGAUCCGUUGACCGCGGGAGUUUGUCAAACUCUAGACAGGAAAUGAGUAUUGUAAUGCGUAGAUGCGCGAGGCGAUUCAGUCAUUCUUCACGAGGAAGCGAGUGCGUCGAGGGCCUCUGUAGGCUUGCGGCGUAACAGUUGUCUUUCCGAGAAGCUGCGACCCAUUCAAAACCCAUUAUACGCUUUUCCGCACUGCCUGAUUUUCCUGCUUAUUUUUCUCGCUAACAGAAACCCGCGCGUGCAGACAGACAACCAUGACAUGACAUGCAGUUGUGGAUUUGAACGGUACGUCGGGCGUCAAUGAUGUUGCUCGCCUCGCACUCAUCAGUCUCGUCGCACUGUCCCCGUCCCAUUUCGUCUUUUCUGUCUCGUCCCCUGGACCCGAUCCGACCCGACCCGCCGACGAUAACGUACCUAUCAGUACACAGUCAGUCUACUCCUCGGCCUCGCUCGCUCGCUCGCUCCUCUGCUGCUGCUGCUGCGCUGUAGGUAGACCUCUGAGGCUCUGGGCCUCUGACUGACCGACCGAUUUCCGAUGACCGAGAGCGCGAGAGCGAGAGGGAGUGAGUUGUCACCUUGUGAGGUUGACGACGACAGCACAGCAGCGAAUGUCUCAAGGCAUGGCUCGGUUCGGCUUCACAUCUGGGGCCGUCCGAAAUCUGCCCAUCGACAACGACACUGUGAGAGGGUGCCGUGCAAGGAAAGGGAAGCCCCGUUUGUACCAGGUUGGAAUGUUGAGUACGGUACAGAGAGCAGCGGUACAGUAGGUUCAACAAGGAUUCUGUUCCACUGUGAUACUGGAGUGUGUGUAUUCAAUUUAUUCUCUCGCCAUCUGCUCUCAUCUCAUCUCAUCUCAUCUCCUCUACGCUCGAGUCUCGUCCGCUGUCCUGUAGGUAGGAUCGAGGGUGUGCAAAUUCUCGUCCGAUCUACUGUAUGGGUGGCCUCUGUUCUAUGAUGACUUGCUUUAUUGAAAACGGUGCACAUGGAAGCGAACGGAAGAGUGUCAUUCCUAGAUACUUCACUCGUCCCCUCAUCUGAAGGAAGGGUAGAUGUUUUUCUAUGACUCCGGAUCCUCAAAGAGGGCGGAGAGCACACAAGUACGAGGCUUUCACUCGAGAGGCUGCCGAUUUUUUAUGCGGGACAAUUUUCCUCCUCGAUCCUGCGGUUGCCCUGAUCUUUCCAAUAGAUCGGGAUGGGAAUUUGCGUUCCGAGAAGUUUUCACUAGUUUUUAAAGUUUGCAUUUGAAAAGUCAACUUUUGGAAAGCAUGAUCAAAGGCUGGAGUACCUUUCAAUGACGACACACAUAAACUACCGUAAAAAGUCCUUUUCAUCGGCGAGUCAGUCAGGUUGGAACGAGCCUGCCCCAGGCAGACAUUAAAAGGCAGGGGGCUGCAGGGCAGAUAGAAGUGAGUCAGCGAGUCCGUCAGUCGGAACUCUAGAAAUCAAGUGCCCCGGAACAUGGUGGAAGGCCAAAAUUUACAGAACGACAAGGAAUCUUAUUGUCUACCCACGUGCGAGACAAGUGUGCAAAGCACCCUCUACUCUACUCUAGUAUUAGACUCCUGAACUAUGGUACAUCUGAUGAGAUAGAUGCUGUAUAUAGCUGUACCAUCGAUUGGCUAAUCAGUUCGUUUCAAAGUUAAGGAUCUAAGUUCAUAUCUUGCAGCUCAGAGACACACACACAUACACUCCCUCCCUCCCACCCUCCCUCACAGUCCCACCAAUGUGUAACCAGGGGAGGAGAGAAUGAUGUUCGCCAGGCAUUUUAACAGCGAAAAACAUCAUACUGUCAUCGGACACUGCUGGGACCUGGGGCCUGCUUUUUCUCUUGUCUUGCCUUGCUUUCCAUUGGACGAUGAUGUAUUGAUUAAACUGACCAGCCCCGAUAUUCAUUCGAUCGGGUGAAGGCCCCGCCACUUGUCCAGAAUAUGACGGUCAGAUCACAGUGAUCUCACCUCAUUCUGACCUCGAAGAAAUUGAAUACUAUUACAUUUAACUUCUGGCCGUGUC